AGAGGAAAAAAACCCGAAGGUUCUGAAAAUAGCUAACCGUUGCGUGGUGCGCAAACUAGAUGUUGUCGUAGCAGCGGUGCAGUUGGACUUUCUUAAAUUUAACCAUGGGAUCUGUAGUUUUACGAACUGGACAGCGAAUGCCCUUGGUUGGCUUGGGAACGUGGCAGGCUGCUCCUGAAGAAGUUGAACGGGCUGUCGAGGCUGCUCUCGAAGCCGGCUACCGGCUUUUCGACACUGCAUUUAACUACAACAAUGAGGAAGCUAUUGGUAAUACGUUAAAACGAUGGAUAGAGGCCGGAAAAGUUAAAAGGGAAGACUUGUUUAUUGUGACUAAGCUGCCACACAUUGGUAAUCGUGCUAGUGAUGUACCAAAAUAUCUUGAUAAAUCAUUGAAACGAUUGCAGCUGAGCUAUAUUGAUCUUUAUUUGGUGCAUAUGCCAUUUGGCUUUAUUCCUGAUGCUACUGGUGAUAUCCCUGCUAUAAAUGCAGAUGGAAGUUUUGUACUGGACCUUAAAACAGAUCACAAUGCAGUAUGGAAGGCCAUGGAAGAACAAGUUGAUGCUGGUAAAACCAAAGCUAUAGGAAUAUCAAAUUUCAACAUCUCUCAGAUGGAACGUUUGAUUGUAAAUUCUCGUAUCCAUCCAGCAAAUCUUCAGGUGGAAAUGCACGCAUACUUGCAACAAAAAGAGUUAAGAAUAUUUUGUGAAACGAAUGGAAUUGUGGUCACAGCAUAUUCACCACUGGGAUCACCAGGAGCUAAGCAACAUUGGCAGAAGAAAUACAAUUACAGCCCAGAAAAUUUUCCUGAUCUCCUGGGUCACCCAGCAGUGCAGCAAAUAGCAGAUGCACAUGAAAGAACACCUGCCCAGAUUCUCUUGAGGCACCUUGUGCAACAACACAUAGUUGUCAUACCAAAGAGUACCAGUCCAGAGCGAAUAAAGCAGAACUUUAAGAUAUUCGAUUUUGAAUUAACACCAGAGGAGAUGGAAAUAUUAAACAACUUGGACCAUGGAGAACAAGGACGUAUUUUGGAUUUUGGCUUCUUCAAAGGGGUUGAAAACCAUCCUGAGUAUCCCUUCAAGGGAACAAAGAAAGAUAUUCAUAAUGCUGUCAACAAUGUUUUCUCAUCAGAAGAAAAACAGGUGGCUAAGCCACUUAAUGCCCUCUGUGUGCAAAAUGUUUGAGAAAUUUAGUACAAUUCUAUGUUUCAGCUCAUCACAGUGGAUCAUAACAGGACAGGCAUUCGAGAACGCUCUCUCAGGGUAUUUAUAUGAUUAGAUAAAUCAAGAAAUAUACAGAUGGCAUAAAAAUUGUUGAGAAAUGAAUGAGAUAUAAAUGAUUCUUCUGAUGCAUUAAAUAAAUGUACAGAAAUUA